CGGAGGCUUUUUCUCCUCCUGUCAUCGCCAUUGUGUGGCUGAGUCUCCGGGAGCGAGCACCGUUGUUUUUCUGCUGUCGACGGGACUGUUUAAAUACCCCCCUCCCCAUGUUUCUCUUUACACCUCCGGCGGACUUGGAUGCGAAAUGCCACAGAACCAGCCUUACCGUACUGUUUCACAGAGCUGGUAUAGUAGCGGUUGAAGCAUCCGUGGUGUAAACAUUUGUAAAAGCAGGUGUGUAACUCUAUCUUAAGUUGUGUGUGUGUGUGUUUGUGGGUGUGUAUGUGUGUGGAAGCAUAGCUGUUAGCAUGGUAGGUCUGGUCAGGCCAGCUCUACAAUAGACUCUUCCUCUGGGUUUUUUCUGGAAUGUGUUUACAAGUCGUCACUUUGUGUGUGUGUGUGUGUGUGUGUUUGUGUGUGUGGGACACACCGAGAGAGGCAUGCACAUUCAGUCAAACAGGUUUGAGUUGUGUCAUCGUGAAGCGCAGUGCUGGGUGGAGAACAGCAGCAGCAGAUGACGGUGAACUGCAAGUGUGCGAUCAGCUGCAGUCCUGCACAUGAGAUAUAUGUUCUGUAAAGGUGCGAAGCGGAAGCUGGAUGAGGAUGAAGAGGGCGUGGAAGGCAAAACGAUGGAGGGGUCGUUGGCGGGGGGAGGACUAGACAAUGGUCCAGAGGGUCUCUCUAAGGUGUCGUACACCCUGCAGCGGCAGACCAUCUUCAACAUCUCCCUGAUGAAGCUGUACAGCCAGCGGCCGCUCACCGAGCCCCGCCUGGAGCGGCGGGUCCUCAUCAACAACAUGCUCCGACGCAUCCAGGAGGAGCUCAAACAGGAGGGCUCCCUGCGACCGCUGUUCCUGCCCCCCUCUCCCCCGCCCGACGACCCGAUGGAUGAGGGUUUCCGUGAAGCACCGCCGUCGUUUGGCAAUUUUUCUGUGGCGGCGCCGACACCCCAGCCUUCACCUGUGAUGAUGCCGGCGAUGGCCCCGCCACUUUCGCCCCAUCCAAUGGUGCCUCCCAUCUGCCAGGCACCCCCAUCUUGCCCCUCUCACGUGGAGGCCAGUGCCUCCCCUUUGGACGCCUGCCUCACUCCUGCCUCAUUGCUGGAGGAGGACGGUGGAGAUGCAGCCUUCUGUAGCCCGUCCCCACCAACUCCUCCGCUGUCCCCACCCCCGGCGCCUCCUCCCUCAGCACUUGUGGGCUCUUCAUCAUCAUCAUCCCUCCUACCUGUACUUGUUUCAUCAAAUGACACUUUCUGCUCUGACAGAAUGGACUUGACCCCUCCCACAGCCAUAACGAGGACUGCAGCUAAUACCACGACCAUGUCUACCUCCCCCGCAACUACCCAGACCCCUCAGCUGGCGGUCCCCUCCGAAACACCCCCAGACAGAGACUUGAGGACCGUAGCAGCUAAACCAGAGGCGGCGGCGGUCUUCCUCGUGGAGAGCCGCUGUGCUGAGUUUCGUCAGAUGGACGUUGUCCCCACAGCGACCCCUUGUGGUUUAGUUGACGCCGCUCCCUCCCACUCUGUCCCCCCCUCCUCAUCCUCGGGGUUUCUCUCAGACUUGGCACUGGACGAUGUCCUGUUUGCUGACAUUGACACGUCCAUGUAUGACUUUGACGCCUGCACAGCGGCGGGAGCCACAGGCGCCACAACGGCGGCUGGCCUCACCAAACGAGCACCAGACGACCUCCUCAAAUCAAUGACUUCGCCGUACAGUGGCUCCGCCCCCCAAGUUUCAGCCAAUCAGCCUUUCAAAAUUGACCUGACAGAACUGGACCACAUCAUGGAGGUGCUGGUGGGUUCAUGAAUUGUUUCGGACUUCUCGGAACAAUUUGUGUCUGGGACAGACCGGACUGAAAGUUUGGGAAUAUAUUUUCUGGUUCUAAUUAUGAUUGUGUGACUUUUACUUUUAAAUGUCUUCUUUAAAAAAAAAAGAAACAACUCUUUAAAGGUCGAUAAUUGUAAACAUCAAAUGUGAUGUCAGUUCUGCUAUGACAACUACUACACAACACUGUGCAUGCACUGUGCUCGCCUUUACACACAUGAAAGUAAUGGGCCGACAAACACACACACACAUUUGUACAUAUCUAAUGAACGAGUACUUUAUCAGUUUCCAUCUUUUGUUGCCCUAAAGGUAAUCCACUUUCUAAACUUUAACCUAAGCCUUAACCAUAAAAGUAAUUGUAAAAAAAGUUUUAUUUUUCAUUGUUAUUUUUUAAAAUGAGUCUGUAAUCAAACCAUAAUGUUGGGAACAUGUACUUGUCACAGGUAAAGACAAAUGCACUCUCUGUAAUUUAGGCUCUCAGCAAGCAAGUGCCUUUCAGACGACCACUUGUUCACUUCCUGUUUGUACAGCGUCGUAUUUCAGUUUAACUUUAGCCGUCUAGACAGGUCAAUCCUCCAUGUUUGUUUUAAUUUAAUGCAUAGCAACAAAUCAGUUAAGGUUAUUUCAUACAAUCAAAUGACAGUUAUUUAAUUUUGUGUUUGAUUUCCAAUGUUUUAGGUAUGAAGCAAACUUUAAAAAAUGUUUUACUGAUCUUCAGGAUGAUAUUUUAGGCCUAAAAUGAUAGUUUGUUGUUAUUCCUUCACAGCUGGUUGCGUGUAAAACCUUUUUUUUUUUUAUUUAUUUUUUUUUUGCAAGGAGACAUUUUCUUCUGGCGAAUAUUAGGUUUGUAAAUUUUAUUACAGGGCCUUCUUUCUGUCCAGGCCUCAUUGGUAUGUGAAACCUUCCAGUCACUGUUUUACAUCAGGUUAUCAGGCUUCGCUACAGUAAUAUUCAAAUGAGCCUCGAGAAAGCGCGUUUACACCUGGUGGAGGUCCACUCAUGGAACCCAGUUAGAUUCUUUAAGAGGUUUGGUCCAGCUGAGAGAUGCUAAACAACAAGGUUCUGAUUCUCAAAGAUUAUUUUAUUAAAAAAAAAAAAAACAUGAAGUAUCAAAUAAUUCAUGAUUAAGCCUUAAGAUUCUACUAAUUAAAAAUCUAGUUUAGCAAUUUUUAAAGAGAUUCUAAACAAAAAAGUGAAAUUAGCACAACCUUUUUGCUGAUGACUGCGUGUUCUUUGUGGAAAUGUGUCUCGUUUUCUUGUUUUUAAAUCGAAUUAUUUAUUCCUUUUUUGCCUUGUCUGUGUAAAUAUAUUUAUUUUGAUGUGAAGUGCAUAAAUGAAUUGUAAAGGUGUGUACAUAAAGUGUGGUAGGAAUGUACCUAAAUAGGAAUGUAUCCAAGUGUGGAAUUAUGGGUGGAAGCCAUUUUGUUAAUAUAUAUAUUUAAACAAAUGUAGUCUUCUUUAUCCCUCAGUUACUUUUUGAUUGUUUUUUUUUGUUUUUUUUUUAAGUUGGAUGAUGACAUUUUAUAUCUUUUAUACUUUAAAAUAUUUUUCAGUUGAGGUCAAACAGUUCACACAGCAAUAUCCGGAAAGCCUGUUUCCAACCUUCAUCUUUCAAGAUUCCAAAGCCCGUCACGGAUGCUUCAAUGCCAAAAGUACACAGUAUGAUCAAGUCCCCACGACUUCAGUGUUCACCGCUGCGCUGGUGUUCGUGCUGUCUGAGCAAGGCAGCAGAUGAGGACCGAGUGCACGUCCUCCAUCGGCUGUACGUUAUGCAGACCUCCAAGCUGUGCCUUUUCCUAUGCAACAAAAAAACAGUGUGAGAUUGCUCGUCUCUGUAUGGGUUAUAUACGUAUACAUAUAUAUAAAUAUAUUACCAUGCUAGUCAAAAUCUUGUAAACCUACCAGUUAUCAAAUGAGUGGGAUUCUCUGAACUUUUGACUAGCACUGUAAAUAAAUGAACAUCUGUACAUGAAUUUCUGAAUUUGAAACGGUCUUACUUUUGUAAUUUGUGAACACUUGUGAGACAAAAACAAUAAACUGUAUUAAGUAUCA